AUGUCGUAUACAGAUAGAGAGUCGAUUCUGGCUACGGCCAAUAUUGACCCCGAGCUCCAAGAGUUUCUGGCAAAGGCAAAUCUGCCGCCAGUCAACUACAGCGACAUUGCCGCCUUCAAGAUGUUUGCUCUCCAGCGGAGUGAAGCCGCCCGAAAAGCCUUAGGUGCACCACCGGCUGGAGUCAAGCAAACCGAAUUACAGUACACUACCGAGGACGGCAGCCAGCUUCGUGCGAAACUUUAUCAGCCAACCAGCCUGCCGUCCGGGGGCAGUCCCCUAAUCGUACUCUUUCAUGGCGGAGGCUUCUGUAUUGGGGAGCCAGAAGGCGAAGAGCAAACAGCGCGUAACUUCGUCCUGGCGUUCGGUGCCACAUGUAUCGCGGCUACCUACAGACUAGCGCCAGAGUUCAAAUUUCCCUACGCCCCCAAGGACGCAUGGAACGCUCUGCAAUGGGCUGCCGCGAACGCGACAUCCUGGGGCGCAGAUCCAUCGCUAGGUUUCGUUGUAGGCGGAACCUCAGCUGGUGGAAACAUCGCGGCUGUUCUCGCCCAUCUGGCCCGCGACGAGAAACUUUCUCCUCCUCUGACCGGCCAGUACCUCGCGAUUCCGACGCUACUGCCGCCCUCGAAGGUUCCGGAAGAGUAUAAGGAAUGGUUUCUAUCCUACGAGCAGAACAGCGAGGCAGUAAUCCUACCUGUCGCCGCGAUUGAUAUGUUUAUGGCCGCUUAUGCCCCAGAUGAGGACGAUGGUGUAUUCUAUGCCUCUUUCAACCACCCCCAAGGACACAAAGACCUACCGCCUGCAUUAUUUCAGAUUGCCGGUAUGGAUCCGCUACGCGACGAUGCUCUCAUCUACGAACGUGUCCUGCGCGAAGAGAAUGGUAUCAAGACCAAGUUUUAUCUCUAUCCUGGUCUGCCGCAUACUCAUUGGGCGGUCUUCCCGUUCUUAAAAGCCAGCGAGAAGUUUAGAGUGGAGCAGAUCGAGGGUAUGGCCUGGCUACUGGGCAAAGAGCCGGAUUACUCCCAACCACAGACGAAGCCUGUCGCAACGGUGGCAUAA